AUGGUAGAAUUCACUCAUUCAGAAGCAGGGUUGAAAAUAGAAGGCCUAGAGCCAUCAGAAACAUUGCUCAGAUUCAAGCUCAAAAAACGAAGGACUUCCGAUAUUGAAGACAGAAAGAAUGACAUCUCAAAGAGCAAUGGAAAAGGAGGAAACCCUCUGUUAAUUCUCCUUCUGGUGUGCGUCAUCCUCACCUGGGGUUUUGCUGCGACUCUGGUUUUCGAUUUGGUCGACUACAAAGCGCUCAUCGACAAGGGAAAGAACAUAGGAAGUGAGAUCCAAGAGGAAGACAUAAAAACGCCGUCGGGACUGAUAAACAUUGAUGAUUAUAUCACCGAGGCCCUAAGUCCGAGAAAGGAUCCGUAUCAGUUGACUGAUAGCAGAAAACCAGUGCCAUCUUGUGGGGUGGUAAAAAGGGUCAAAAGGAGAGCAAGUUGGGCCGAUGAAGUCACUCAAGAAGAAGCUGUUCCGCAAAAACGUGUGAAAGCGAACAAAACGAUUGAGUUUAAAAAUUUGCUCUCUUUGAGAUUUAUUCUAAAAAUACACUACCUCUUCUCUGUUCUCUCUCAUUUCUUUCUUAUUCGAAUAGAAUCUUCCGUCGCUUCUUCUAUCUCUCCAGUUUCCUCCUUGACUCCAUCUUCUCCUACUCAAAUCUAUCCAGAGACCAAGAUUAAUGGAGUUUUACUGGAAUCCAAAAAUGAUGAUAAACCCGCGGAAGUUGUCGAGGAAACAAACAUCAAAAACGUUUCCGAAGUCUCAAUCCUAAACAUGGAUAUCGACGAGCACCCGGAUGGCGUUACUGGCGACCUGCCAGGAUCCGGAAAUAUUGACGACCCAACUGAUCAGCUUGGUCUGACGAAAUCGACUCCUACCGGUUCCCAACGAGCGAAAAAUCGAAGAGAGGUAUCGGCUCGUAAACCUUCACCUGUUGCGAAGGCCGGAGCUUACGUCGGCGCUUUGCCAAUUAACCCGUCAGUGCGAGCGCAGGUUAAAUCAACGGAGAAAAUAGGCAACGUCAGAAGAGGCACUUUGGAAGUUUCAAUUGGAAAUUUCAGAAUCAUAAAUCCUAAAGCACCCACUCAAGCUGCUGAGCAGGCAUUAUCCGUCUUUCGCCAGACGCUGGAUAGUCAUUAUGCCAACACCCACAAGCACUUACUGUAUAUGGGGCCAGCUGAUACAGAUAAAGUAUGCCAAGCUCAUUUGCCUUCCUACUUCGCCAUUGAAAACAUUAUCCUGAACAAAUAUGCGGUCGCUUUAAAGUCCCGAAAAGUCAAUGAUGAAGGAAUCCUCAAAGAGGGCGACCCCGAUGAGCGUAACAUUCUCAGAGGACACCCCACUGCGCCCUUGGAAUUCGCCAAUCGAGCGGCGAGUCCCCACAGCGAUCUUGAAAGCGACGCCGUAAGCUCCACUUACGAAUCUUCUCAAGGCUCGUCUGUCAGACGACCGGCCGUCGAGCUGACCUCGAUAGACAAAAAUCCGAUUUUGAUCAAGACUGAUCCGUUGCCUAUCGCAGAAAUGCACGAGGCAAACAAGAAGGCGACUUUGAAUUUAUCGCCGAUAAAUCGACCCGACGCACUUCAGAAAAGUGUCGACUUAUCAAAGGAAUUGGGCACCAUGCCCGAUGAGUACAUAAAGAUAACACUGGAAAAUCCUGUAAGGAAGCAGCCAGUUGAUGAAGUGGAAUUAAUCCAAAGCAAAUACAAAGCACUGGAUUUAGGUCUUUCAAACUUUGAGCGGAAGCAGUAUCAGGUGGAGGAAGUGAGAAAAUCCGUCCGCCGGAUUGCAGUUAGCUUGAUGGCGUCGAAUAGAAGAGUGAACAAAUCGCCAGCGGAUGUUUCGGAUCCAGUUAAACAGAAGGAUUAUCAAAGACAGGAAGCUGAAAAGAAAGAAAUCCAAUCUACCAUAAAAACAACUCGAAGAGUGCCGAAUUUCAGAAAACUCGAGCGAACAUGCCCAGAUGCUCAAGCGCUUCAGUUUCAUCGCCGACGUUUUGUGCCUAUUGAAGAUGUCGAUCAAGUGCCUGCCGAGCAAAUCGAGAAAGUGGGUGACGCUCAAGCCGUCUCCUCUUCAACAGAAGAAGUCAAACAAGAUGAAAUUCAACAACAAAUCGCCAAAAUCCGCGACGCUAAGGCAAAACAAUGGACGGAAUACAUAAAAUCGGUGAAAACCACUUUCGGACUUUCGAAAUCAGACGUGAAGGAAGAUUCCUCUAUGUCUGCCAAAAUUUCGGAAGUGAAUCGAAAGCACGGAAAUUUGACUUGGCUGAGCCGGAACUAUUUGUCGGAAAAAUACUGCAACUUCACCAAGUUUCUUGCCAUUGAAAAAUAUCCGAUUCUCGGCGACAUCCGGCCGGAAAAGAACUCACUGAGGCUCAAAAUCGAGACUCAUGCAAAGUCCGCCUCUGAAUACAUCUUCGAAGUUCGCCGGAAACGCGUGCUCAACAACGGCCAUAUAAUCGGCCGUGCAACCGGUCCAAGCACAGAAGAUACGUUCGAGGUUCCAGUUCCAACUGGAAUAUGGCUUGAAGAGGAUUAUGAAGUUUUAGUGCGCACUGAUUUGUUUCCUUCUUCGGAGGUAUACGAUGUCCGGCCAGAAAUCAUUCCCGAAGUUCUUUGGAAAGAAAGUGAUGACUUCUUUUCCACUCUUGGCGCGAAGAGACUAAUAACUGUGGAUGAGCGAAAAGGGCACAAAGAUUACUUGGAGUCAACAAAAUCGCUGAAAACUCUAAUCGAGGGAUACCCAGGCGUUGCUUAUGUUAAGUAUUUGUAUGGCGAAGCAAUGAACAAACGAGCAGAACACUUGAGAAGCAAUGAUGUACUACAGGAGGCAGUUAAAGUACUACAGGAAGUCGCAAAUGAUGAAAAUGCUCUCCCAGAUGUCAGAAAUAAAGCAGCCGAAUUAGCGGCUGAUCGCCUUCGCUUUCUUGGCAAACGCGGUGGCGCUUUGAGAAUGGGAAGACUGCUUGUUGAAUCCAAUCCUACCCGUAAUUUCAAGCAUUUAAAAGACGUUGGUGUCACGUGCCUGAUAAUUGGGAAAAACGAAGAAGCUGAGGGCUAUUUCCGAAGAGCUGUCGAGCAGGAUCCCACAGAUGGAUUCGCCCUCGUACAUUUGGGAUUCGCGCUCAAGAUGCAAAAUAAAUACGAAGAAUGCCUGGCGCCCUUUGAAGAUGGUGUGAAAUCUCAAGAGCCUGGAACGGAAGAGUCAAAGUUUCGAUACCACUGGGGCGAUGCUCUCAUGCGGCUAGGCCGAAAGCCCGAAGCCGAUCAAAUGUUUCAGGAAGCGGCCGAAGCCGGUGUGUUUUUGUCAAAAUUCCAACGUUCGACAUACAACAUUGACCGGCUCACUGGAAGACCAUAUUGGGAAAAGUCACAAUUAGAUAAGACUCUCCAAGGUUACUGGACAAGGCUGGAGAAAAAAUGGGAAAUGAUGAGAGAUGAAGCGCUUGCGUUGAUGGACGAAAACCACAAUUUUCCAAAUUUUGAAAAGGAAGCGGAAGGACUUCAAAAAGAAGGAGACUGGAGGCAAUUCACUCUUUGGCAACAAGGAAGAAAACAAGAAAGAGAGUGCAAACUUACACCGAAAACAUGCGCUCUUAUUCAGGACAUGAAAGAAGCUACGGGAUGUAGAAGGGGUCAAAUAAAAUUCAGUGUCAUGAAAGAGGGUACCACUGUUUGGCCCCAUACAGGUCCAACCAACUGCCGUCUACGCUUGCAUCUCGGCCUUCGAGUGCCCGAUGACUAUGAAAAAUUGAGUAUCACUGUCGCUGACCAAAAGCGACAUUGGGAAAACGGAAAAGCAUUCGUAUUUGACGAUUCCUUCGAACACUCAGUGGAACACAAAGGAAGCUCUUACAGAUUAGUUCUGAUUUUCGACUUCUGGCAUCCAGAGAUGACUGAGCAAGAAAAACGUACUGUGACUGCAAUUUGA